AUGAGAAUUUUGUCUUCUGUGAUGGAAUGUAUGCCAUGCAAAGAAUGCUUUGUUUGUGAUUUAAUUUUACAAGAGCAAGCUAUGAAACGCAAAGGUUGUGCCUCGAAUCUUCGUUUGCUUUGCUGCUCGUGUGGUUGGUCUAUGGAAUUCUUUACUUCAGCUCAAAUAGGCCGUUUCUUUGAAGUAAACAGAAGAUUUGUGUAUGCUUCAAGAUCUGUUGGUUGUGGACGUGCGGCAGGUAAGAGGUUUUGUGGACUUAUAAACAUGCCGCCACCUCCUAGACCUACACCAUAUGCUCGCCAUAAUAAAGAAAUACUCCGAGCAGUAAAGAAGAUCUCACUGGAGACAAUGCGUGAUACUGCAAGAGAGAUUCACGAUAUCAAGCCAGGUUCAGAUGAGGGCAUAGCAAGAUGUGGAGUGUCUGUUGAUGGAACAUGGCAGAGAAGAGGCUUUUCUUCUUUAAAUGGCUGUGUGAGUGCUAUUAGCAUGGAUACAGGGAAAGUGGUAGAUGUUGAGCCCCUAAGCAAAGUUUGUAUCAAGUGCAGGGAGCAUGAAAAUGAUCCUGACACCCCAGAAACUACUGCAUGGAGAGCAGACCACAGAGCCUCUUGCAAGGCAAACUUUAAGGGUUCAGCACCAGCUAUGGAACCAGAAGGCGCCCUUCGAAUGUUUCAAAGGUCAGUAGAUCUGCAUAAGCUGCAGUAUGAUGAAUAUUAUGGCGAUGGUGACAGCAAAAGUUACUCAUUAGUCAAAGAUGUAUACCAAGUCUAUGAUAUUCAAGUUCAAAAGAAGGAAUGUGUUGGCCAUGUUCAAAAACGACUGGGAACAGCUUUACGAAAGUUAAAGAAGGAAAAGAAAGGGAUGGGUGGGAAAGGCAGGCUGACAGAUGCCAUGAUUGACAGACUGCAAAAUUACUAUGGAAUUGCCAUUCGAAGCAACUCAGGUGAUCUUGCUGCCAUGAAGAAGGCAAUUUAUGCCAGCUUGUUUCACUGUGCUUCUUCUGCAGACAGUAAUUACCAUGGGCAUUGCCCUGAGGGUCCUGAAAGCUGGUGUGGUUUUCAGCGGGACAAGGUCAAUAGGACAAACACUUUCAAACAUGGAACUGGCCUACCUUUAGAUGUCAGAGAGGAAAUCAAACCCAUUUAUAAAAGGUUGAGUGAGGACAGCCUUCUCAGCAAAUGUCUUGAUGGCAAGACUCAAAACCAGAAUGAGUCACUCAAUGGUAUGGUUUGGGAGCGUGUGCCAAAGGGGUGUUUGUUGGUUCUGAAGUACUGCAGCUGGGGGUUUAUGAUGCUGUCGCUCACUUUAAUAUUGGUUCAAGAGCAGCUAUUAAAGUGUUUGAGAGUCUUGGAAUUCCCCAGGUGA